GACGUGAUAACAGGUGUCGGCGUUACCCAUGACUCCAUUACGCUUCGGUACGAGCUCCGCUCCAACGCCAGCACCGCUCCAACGCCAGCCUCAAGAUGCGCGAGCGAGUGGGCAGCGGUGGUUCCCGCACGUCCGACAUGGACCCGCGCGAGGAGCUGGAGGAUCUGCUGGAAGUGCGCCUGACUGGGGGUAGCAACGGCAGCAGUAAGAUGCUUCUGCCCAUAGUCUCCUCACGCCGCCGAAACGCAGAUGACGACGACGACAAUGACAAGCAGGGGAAGCGACGGAGACGUGGUAGCGUUUCGGAUUGGCUAAAAAUAUUGCAUGCCGCCGCGCUCUCGCGAUUGUUACUGACACCAAGAGGUGCUCGCUCCAUGUGGAAGUGUGCGCUGCUGUUGGGCGUGUUAGCGGUGCUAGUGAUCGGCGGUUCAACGCUCUUGGCGCUGGAGGCGGUGGGCAGAAUGCGUUUUAAUGGAUACUUUGUGCCACAACGCGGUCACAACGGACAAUUAGGCUUCUACCACGAGAUGGACGUUGAUAUGCAGAGUUUGAGAGAGACAACAGGGAGACCCGAGGGGAAGCUUUUCCCUGCUUCUGCACUAAACCCUAGAGAAGUGAAGGCGUGGGUGGCGGAGCGCAAGAAACGCACGAAUGGACGCAAAUUCUUAGUAGGAUGCACGUCACACUGGAAAGGCUACGUCCUGCGCUCGUUCCUGUCGCUGUUUGAGGAGCUCAAGGCCGAGCAUGGGUGGGAAGAUCUCGAUACCUCCAAGAACCCAAUGAAGGUAAUUUACGACAUGGACAAAAAACGCGCCCCCAGCGUCAUGCUCUUCUGUUUGAACUCGUUCUAUUACCCUAUGGCACUGUUGCAAGAAUACAGCGCCUACUUCCACGAACUGCGCGCACUGGGUACGAUCAUCGCGGUGUGGAACGAUGACUUACACUACUACGACCAAUUCAAUCCUAUCAUUUUACGCGAUGAGAUUCUAACAAAAGUGGACGUGAUGGUGGGCACCUACACGUACUUCAUGGACGACUACUUUGCCAAGAUUACGGAUACCGUGAACGAACGGGAUCUACCAUUAACCGUGUGGUUGCCACACUCCUCUGGCCCAGACUUUGUGAAUGCCUCGUUCAAUGAGUAUCCGAUCAACAAGAUUAUUCUGUCUGGUAAACUCGGCUCGAACUGGUACCCGCUGCGCCAUUGGCUGGGUAUUUAUCAGCAGGACCACCGGGAUAUCAUGGACGUGUAUCAGCAUUCCGGUUAUUAUGUCGCUGAUAACCAGUCGGCUAUUUACGCGUCCUACCUGCGUUCGUAUCGCACUGGUAUCACGACGACGCUGAUUUUCCAGUACGUUAUCGCUAAGAUCUUCGAGAUCCCUUCGACGGGUACGCUGCUGGCUGUGAACCGCGACGUGUCGCCGUUGCUGGCAGCACUGGGGAUGAAUGAGGGCGAACAUUUUGUGGGAUUUGAUCGCAGAGACCCAGAGGCGAUCAUCUGGUGGGUAAACGACCCCCGUAACUGGCCAGAGAUCGAUCGGAUCCGUCGCGCCGGGAUGGAACUCGUACGCGAGAAGCAUCUAGUGACGAACCGCGUGAAGGCUCUGGAUCUGUUUAUGAUGGAGGGCGAAGCUAUGUACCAGAACCCGCCGGCAUUGCACCUUAAGAGUCCGUGCCCGUCCAAGGCACUGCCAAACGAGCACGAGUGUCAGACAAGGUUUGAUCGCGAGUCGUUCUACAAGUGCGACCGCUGGUUCUGCGGCGCACAUUCAAUUCUGCCGCUCUGGGGAUAAAGUAGUAGAUGCUAGGCAACAUAAUACAGUAUGAGUUGACAUCUAGCUGUUCCGCUUCAACUUGAUCAGUUAACCCGGAGUAUUUUAACUAACCCGGUUAUAUCUUGCAUCC